AAUAACAGCGAGUGUGGAAGGGGAUUUGUUGUAAAAUUGAGCCAAGUGCUUCUUCUAUCCUCUCUGAUUCCUCUCGAUGGCUUCGACCAGUGCUUUAUCCUCCUCGCGGCUUUCCAGCUUUCACCGACUCACCGACUCCCACUCUUUCCGUGAAGUGAGCUCAUAUGCAGGCAGCCCAAUAGUAUCUUGGCCGGGUAUCAAGACUGCCGGGAGGACCCCUCGAUCAUCCCGUGUUUAUGGCUUAUUUGGAGGCAAAAAGGAUAGCAAUGAAAAGGGUGAUGACAAGGCAGGAAUAUUUGGUAAUAUGCAAAAUCUGUAUGAAACAGUUAAGAAAGCCCAAAAUGUUGUACAAGUUGAAGCAGUGCGUGUGCAGAAAGAGCUUGCUGCGGCCGAGUUUGAUGGUUACUGUGAAGGUGAGAUAAUAAAGGUAACGCUUUCUGGUAACCAGCAGCCAGUACGCACAGAGAUAACUGAGGCUGCUAUGGAACUAGGAGCCGAAAAACUAUCUCUUUUGGUUACUGAAGCAUACAAGGAUGCACACCAGAAGAGUGUGGUGGCCAUGAAGGAGAGAAUGAGUAACCUUGCUCAGAGUUUAGGAAUGCCACCAGGCCUUGGCGAACUGAAGUGAGAUAAAGUGAACAUGCGGACAAUUUGUUGGUCGUUUUUUGUAGUCUCUGAGGGAAUUCAAGGAAAAGAUUUAUAAAAUGUAACA